CUACUCGGUCCAGCCUACUGGGAAGGCGACAGGAGGAGCGUGUGGCUUUCUCUCUGCCUGGGUUCGAGGAUGACCAGGAUAACAUAUCAGAGGAUGAGCAGCCGAGUCCUCGUGGCUCGGCCAGACUGUUACAGAACCUGCACCUGGACUUGGAUGCGUUGGGAGGAGGGCUGCAGUAUGAGGACAGUGAGGCCAGUGGAGUGGCCCCUCUAGAGGAGAGGACAGAACCAGAGCUACAGGACCUGGCCCUGUCUGAAGAGCACAGCCCUGAGCCCCCCUCUCAACAGUCCGAGGCCAGCGAGCACAUCGAGGUGGCAUCCUCCUCCACUGAGGACCUCAAGUCUGGUUUUGGCUCCAAGUUGUCAGAGAAAGUCCUGGACCUGAAGGAUCUCUCCCCUGUUGCUAGUCCACGCCUGCAGGAAGACGAGGGGAAAGUGAAAGUCAGUGCGGAGGAGGAGAAGGAACGGAGGAAGAGGGCAGAAGCUGCAGAGAGGCGUCUCCAUGCUGCAGGCAGGGAGGAUCCAGCGAUGGAGGACAGGCCCCCCAGCCAGCCCAGUGAGUACCAGCAGGACACAGGGUCCUCCCACUCUGAGCCGGAACCCCGACCGCGGGCCGAGGGGGUCAGCACCAGCGUCAGCCUAGGGGUCCAGGGGGUCCAGCGGCCUGACACCUCCAGAGGCCGCCUGGUUAGGAGCCCCCAUGCCCACUACAAAGAGGAAGCCCCCAGACAGGGGGAGGACAGCAGAAAGGCCCAGGAGGAAGAGGAGGAGGAGGAGGAGGAGGAGGAGGAGGAGAGGGAGAAGGAGAAGGAGAAGGAGAGGAGGGAGACUGAGAGGGAGAUAAAGGAGGAGAAGGAGCGUGCGCUGCGGGAGAGGCAGGAGAAGUUGCGCCUCCUUCAGGAGGAGCUGAGGCGGGAGGAGGAGGAGGAGGAACGGAGGCUAAAGGAGGAGAGCGAAGAGAGGGUCAGGUGCCUGAGGCAGAGACUCCAGAGUAAGGGGAGGGAAGAGGAGAGCAGGCUGAGUGUGGAGUCUGAAAGCAGGUUACUGGAGCUGAGGGAGACGGCCCGGAAGGAGAGAGAGAACCAGCAACGCACUGUCAGGGAGGAGGGCGAGGCGAUGCUGAGAGAGCUGCGUGCCACCCUGGAGGCGGAGAGAGAGGCGGAGCGAGAGAGGAUAGAGGCCCAGAGGAGGCGGGACCUGGAGCGACUGAGAGAGAAGUCAGAGGAGGAGCUACAUACGGAGAAGCGGAGACUGCUUGGGGAGCGGGAGGAGCAACUCAGCUCCCUCAAACAGGAGGGGAGAAGCAGUGCCAGUGAGAGGCGGAGGGAGUUGAAGAGCCUUCGUAGCCCAGAGCAGCAUCUAGCAGAGUACCAAAGAGAGUUGGGAGACGUGCUCCAGGAAGUGAGGGAGGAAGUGCAGCAUGACCACGCCAGGAAGCUGGAGCAGCUCAAAGACGACCACCGCAGAGAACUCAACUCUAUCAGAGAGAAUCAUCUGGACCAGGAGGCUGUCCACAGGGAACAGUUGCUGUGUGCCCUGCAGGAGGAGAGAGAUCGCCUGCUGUCCGUCCAUAGCACCCAGCUGGAGAGACUCCGUACACAGCUAGACUCCCAGCUCUCCAAGACACGCCAAACACACACACGCAAGGAGGCAGAGAUUCAGGAGCUGGGGGAUAAGCUGAAGCUGAGGGCCAGAGAACUGAAGAGCCAGGAGGCAAUACUGAAGACCCAGGCGGCGAAUUUGAAGAAGAGGAGGCAGCAGCUUGGGGAUGAAGAGGAUGAGAUAGAGGCUCUGCCUCGAGUCAUGCAGGAGAGAGAUGGACUGAGAGAGGAUCUGGAGCGGGUGAAAGAAGAGAGGGAUAGGGCGGGGCAGGAGGCGGAGAGAGCGAGGGAGGAGAGGGACAAAGCGAAGGAGGAGAGGGACAAAGCGAAGGAGGAGAGGGACAAAGCGAAGGAGGAGAGGGACAAAGCGAAGGAGGAGAGCGACAAAGCGAAGGAGGAGUGCAGGAGGAUGAAGGAGGAGCGGGACCGGCUGGAGAGCAAGGUGGAGCUGCUGCAGGAGCGCUGUGAUCGGCUGAGCCGCAGAGUCAGUGAUCUGGAGCAGAGUGAGAUCAAGAGGCCCUCUAGACUGGACAGAACAGAGGAGGAGGAGGAGGAGAGGAAGAAGGAUAGCGAUGCAGCGCCCUCUACUGCUGGACGGGAGAAAGUGCUGCAUGUGGAAGACCUGAAAGAACCUCCUCUCUCCCCCAUCUCCAGAGACAGCGAGAGUAGCUUGGACGACUUGCGUCAGUAUAUCUCCUCUGAGGGGCUGUCCCUGCAGAAGGCCCGGCGCUUCCUGGAGAAGGAGAGUAGUCGUCUGAGUGAGAGACAGACAGCGCUGCAGGUAGCCCAGUUCCGGUCCAGCUCCUCUCAGUACCCCAGCACCACCACCCAAACCCAGGUCACACAGGAGAUGUACAGGAACCUGCAGCAGGUACGUGAGGCCAGUGACGUGGAGGAGUUGAGGGUGACUGUACAGAGGGGGAACUCGUUGCUACGCAGGAAGGAGGAGAGACUGCAACAGCUAGAGAGCUCUGUAGCUGAAGAGGUCUCCCAUCAUCACUACUAUGAUGACCAGGACAGACUAGCGGCUGAUAGGAAGUUGACCUUUGAUGUGACUGAAUCAGAUAUGACCAGCGUCAGCAACGGGCAUGAUGGCCCAGGUGGGGAGCCCACAGUGCCAGCUAAGGUGCAGCACUUAGCCGAGUCGCUUCAGCACAUCUCUGGCCAGCUCAACACAGUCCUGGGUGCCCUGGGCUCCCUGACCCAACGCCAGACCCCUUACCAGCCUCUCCCCCUACCUCUGCCCCUCUCCCAGCCCCGCACCCCCACCUCAAUGCCUCUUUCACAGCUCUCCAUGCCUCUGUCUGGGCCCCUCCACAGCACCUCCAACCAGCCACUGAGUUCUGAGAACCUGCUCAACAGCCGCUGGGCCAAGCUCUUCCCUGGGGCUGCUAUUGAACCCAUAGCCACCAGUUCCUUGAGGACCAAUGCGCUUUAUUCAGGGUACAGUCCUGCAAGUGAGCAGGCUCGUAGUCUGUCCUCCAUGCAACCUAAGUCAGUGGAGAUGGAUGGCCAGAGGCUACAGAGUCUGAUAGACGGCAACAAGAGAUGGCUGGAGACGCGCAGGAAAGACCCCAGUGUACCUCUGUUCACGCGUUAUCGGACCCCUCCAACUAUGAGUGGAUUGGUCCAGCUGAGCCUGGAUGACAACAACCAGAUUAAAGUGUACCAUUACUAAAGGGGGGGUGAAGUUACAUACAGAGCAAGGAUCAACACAAGCCGAUAAAGAUGUACUGUUACUGAAAAAGGCCUAAGGACAGAUGGGUUUUUAAAAUUCACUUUGAGUAAUGCAGGGAUCCCUCUAGCUCUGGUCCAGGACGUUACUAGAGGAACCCCCCUCGACUAUGUGUGGACCAAAGGAACGCACUAACGCCCUGGACCAGAGCUAGAUUUACAUAUCAGAUUACUGUAAGAAACAUUUUUAAGACACUCUCCUCUGGUGAACUCCUCAUCCUCAGGUUUAGCUGUGAUUGUGUGACAGAAGAGUGAGAGGACACUAGGGCUGUUUCAGUGGUCUCUGUAAUUUCAUUCCAUUGGCAUGCAAGGGUGAAUAGCUUGGGAGUAUGGAGACAAUAGCCCGGUAGUCAACAAAUCAGUUUGUUUCCCAAUUUUUUGGCUCUAGCUCUUUAAAUGUUUCAAAAGCAUAAUGCAGAGUUGUUACAUAUACAGUAGGUGCUUCACUUUAUUAGGAGACAUCGAGGUUUAUGAGUGAGAUACUGUUGAUAUCUUACAUUUAAGCCUCAUAUCUGAUGUGAGGUGAUAAGUGACUAAAGAUCAUUGUCAUGGUAUCAGGUUGUAUAAGAGAUGUUGUAUCACUAAUUCCACUGUAUGAGAAGUUCAAGCCAUACCAUAAUAACCACUACAAGGGCAAGACAAUGACUUGUUAAGCAUUCAAUCUGUAUGAAAUUCUGGUAAGAGAGACAGUGUGUUUACUGUGCAGAUUGCUGUGGAAUUUUUACAGUAUUUUUAUACAAAAUAUUUGAAUAAAUGUAAAGUAGUGUAUAUUCGUAA